CGUGAUGAUUGUAUUGCAAGUUGUCGUGAUAAUGCUGUUAACCAGCCGCAAUUCCGCUGAUUGUCAAUCAGUAGUAAAUCAUAAUAACGAAAGUGUAAAUUUGAGCACACAGAACGAUUGGAGCUGUGCGAGACUAUUAAACCAUUGUUUGAUUGUUACAACCGUAAACUACCGUGUACCUGGUAAAGAAUUUGCCAUCAACUUCGACUGCAAUGUGCACCCGGUAAAGAAUGCACAUUCGGACAAAGUGUUUCGAAAGGUUACGAGCUACCGCAUGGAUGGCAGAAACGCAUACAGCGAUACUGGAUUUGGCUUAGAGUAUCUGAGUUUUCCAGACAAAAUAACCACACUGGUGCUGCAUGGUUACUGUGUGCGUAUCCAGAGGGCCGUGCCGUUGUACCGUGAUUUUCAUAAUCUUGAGCUGCUGGAGUUAAUUAACUGUAAUGUGAAUCAUAUCAAUGGAGAUGUUUUUCAAGAUCUGCCAAAGUUGCAAAAGUUAGUACUAAAUAGCAGCACAUUUGGGGUAAUGACCCAUGAUGUGUUUCACAAACUCAUACAAUUGAAAGAGUUGUUCAUAGAGAAUUGUACAAGAAUACAGUUCACGGCGAGCGAUUUGGUAAACAUUCAACUAAUUGCUGUAAGAAAUAGUACGGUGUACCAAAUUUCUUCAAUAUUCGAUUAUCUACCAUCAACGUUAAAGACAAUCAAUUUCGUCAAUGUGCUGACCCAUGAGAUUCCAAAUAUAACGCUACGAUCGUCAGAUGAAGAGCAAAGUGCUGUGGAAGAUGUUGCCGUAGUCCAAAGUUUGCUCUCUUGCGUGAUUGUAAAAAGUUUGCCACGAUUGAUUUCACUAAACCUUUCAAGGAACUCGCUAUCUGAGAACUCAAUAGUGUUGCACAAUCUACCGUCGCUGGUUACAUUAGUGUUAAGCCAUAACGGAUUUAAUCAAGUAUCAGUAGCUUUAUUUACAUCCGGAUCUUCAUUAAACGUACUCGAUCUUAGUCAUAAUCAAAUUUCUUACAUACAUCCCAAAGCGUUCAGUUCAUCACCUUUGCUACGGAUGGUAAAUCUUUCGUACAAUUUGCUUUUGAGCAUGGAACAUUUUGCGCCUCUGCCUCGCCUCGAGCGAAUCGAAAUCGAUAAAAAUCCGUGGGAUUGUUUGUGGUUAAACAAAUGUCGAGUUAUUAAUCCGUCACUCUUUGAAAUUUUUCGAUAUAGCAAACGAUUCGACGUACUUUCAGUAUGGGGUCUACCGUGCCGGCUGGAAGAUACAAAGGAAAUUUCAACUAGUCCCCCAUUCGACCGGAGUGAAGAAACCAUAGCUAAUUCUGUUAGUGCAUAUCCACAAGGAAAAAUAUUCACUAAAGGAAGGAAAGAAUCAAUCGUUCAACCGUUGUCUACUGCUACAAAUUCGUUUAAAAUAUUAAUAACAAUAUCGGUAUCUUACUAAAACGAAUUCAAUUGGUGAUGCUGGAACAGAGAAAAGCACCUCCUUUUGGUACGAGGUACCAGUUGGUGGUGAUCCUAAUGCAAUGCCACUGAAUAAUAUAUAUGAAGAAAUUUGUGAUUCAGACACACGUCGUGAUUUAUAUGACGCACUGAACUUCCAUCGAGCUCAAGAACAGUAAUCAGCGUAAUAAAAAUGUUGUAAAUGACAAGUUCAUAGAACAUAAAUAAAAAACAUAAUAGAGCUGAGUAUCAAUGCAUUAUGUUGGGUAUUUAUUAGACUAGAUGUUAAGUGUUAAAUCAUAACUGGUAACUUUAAAUUCCAAAAUAUCAGCAAGGAUCAUAGUGUAGCAUAUCUUCUAUUCGCAACUUAUUAUAAUACACACUAUCAGCUAUAGACACAUUGUAACACACUUCGGAAAGCCAAAACACACCAUUCAUUAUAACACAUCA